AUUGUUUCCUUGAAAAACACCUUUUUAAACCAAUAAAUUGCUCCACACAGUACCCAAGAAACGCUAACAGAUAAAUUCCAAACAAAAACAUUCUUCAAAUCUCAAAAGUUAAACAUUCACUCAAGUGAGCUUUCCCUCUCACAUUUUCAAUUUUCAGACUUGGAGAAAAAAAGGGGUCAAAAAAAUGCCUAAGAAAAGUUCCCCUGUUUUCCAAAAAGUUUCUAAUCUAUUAAACAUAUCCAUUUUCCUAGCAAAAAUGAAAAAACCCAUAAUCCCAAGACUAAUUUCUCUCAAAAGAUCAAAGAAAAUGAAGAAAUUUAGUCUCCUAAAGCAUUACAACUAUGGGUAUGUUCAAGAAUAUGAGUUUUCUCCUUCAAACACACCAUUACUUCAGUACUAUAGUAGAAAAAAGUCACUCACAAAACAAAGGAGUUACAAAGAUUUUUGCUCUGUUUUAUUUAUUACGAAGUGUUUGGGAAUGGCGAAUGACGGAGAAGAGAAAAGGAAGUAUCCAAUGUUAGCUUCAAUGGAAGAUGUUAGACACUUUUCAGAUUUUGGUGAGGAAGAUGAUGAUGAUGAUGAUUAUUCAGUUGAUGAAAGAGCUGAGAAGUUUAUUGAAAAGUUUUAUGAAGAUAUUAAAUUGCAAAGGCAAGAAUCACUUUUGGAACAGUUCAAUGCUUUGAUUGAUAAUUGAUGAAAGCAGCCAAAAUGAGUUUUUAUUUUAUUUUUUUAUUUGUGUGUGUGUUUCUUUGAGGUUUUUUUUUUUUUUUUUUGUGGAUUUAAAUUGGAUUGUGAUGAUAUUCUUUUGAUUUGUUUUUCUCCACAUUGGUUUUAAGUGGCUGUGGGGAUAUGUUGUUUCUUCAUUUUUGUAAUGCAGUUGAUGCUUAACGAGUUUGUUAGUUGGUUCUUUUAAAA